GCUCCGGCUCGGGCUCCGGGUCCGGCUCGAGCUUCGGCUCCUCCCCAGGCAGCGGCGGCGGCAGCGGCGGCGGGGACAUCGGUGGCAGCGGCAGCAGAGCCAGAGGCAUCGGCGGUAUGUGGAGGGGCGCAGAGGACGGCGCCCGCUGCUGCUCCCCGGAUCGCGGGGACCCGGGCCUAACGCAGCUGCUGCAGGCGGCUGGAGAGGAUGUCCGCAAAUGCGGCUACCUGCGGAAGCAGAAGCACGGCCACAAGCGCUACUUCGUGCUGCGAACGGCCAGCCGCCUGGCCCCGGCGCGCCUAGAGUACUACGAGAGCGAGAAGAAGUUCCGCAGCAGCCUCCGCGCCGCUGCCGCGGCCGCGGCCGCCGCCGCCGCGGCCGGCCCCUCGGCGGGCGCCUCGGCGAGCGCGCCCCCAGCCGUGCCGCCCAAGCGCGUUAUCCCCCUGUACCAGUGCUUCACGGUGAGCCGCCGCGCAGAUGCCAAGCACCGCCACCUCAUCGCCCUUUACACCAAGGACGACUACUUCGCCAUGGUGGCCGAGAGUGAGCAGGAGCAGGAGAGCUGGUACCAAGCGCUGAGUCUCCUGAUGGGCCAGAGCAAGACGCGCAGCUCCGGCACCGGGGAAGGCGAAGACGGCACAAGCGGCGGCGACGGCGCGGCCACCGAUGAGGGGGGUGCCGCCGGCGGCGGCGGUGCCGGAGCCGCUGUAGGUGAGGAGGAAGACGAGGAGGGAGUCUUCAAGGAGGUGUGGCAGGUGCAUGUGAAACCCAAGGGGCUGGGCCAGAGCAAGAACCUGAGCGGCAUCUAUCGCCUGUGCCUGUCCAGCAAGGAGGUGCACCUGGUGCGCCUGAACGCAGAGGUGCCCGCGUGCGUGCAGCUGCAGCUGCUCAGCAUCCGCCGAUGUGGCCACUCGGAGCACUUCUUCUUUCUCGAGGUGGGCAGGUCGUCAUCCAUCGGCCCCGGGGAGAUCUGGAUGCAGGUAGAUGACUCGGUGGUGGCUCAGCAUAUGCACGAGACCUUCCUGGAAACCAUGAAAGCCCUCAAGGCCUUUGCUGACUUCAGGCCCCGGAGCAAGAGCCAGUCGUCCUGCACCAACCCCAUCUCUUUCCUCUCCACCAGGAGGCACCUGGGCUACCUGCAGCCCUGCCUCGGUAUGUCCCGCAGGUCCCGCACCGACAGUGUGGCCAGCACCCCGCCCUCCUGCAAGGGCAACACCUACCGAUUCCGUACCUCCAGCGAGGGUGAAGGCACCAUGGACAGACCCUUCAGAACGGUCACCGGAAGCCUGAUGCAGCUGAACCCCGGCCGAAUGAAUAUGGCCCGACCCGAAAGUGGCAGGUACGUUCGUGCUGCUUUCAAUGCUUGCUGUCAUGCUCGCUCUGCCUCCCUGCCCGUGUCUCCCUUUCCCUCCGGGACCAGCCCAGCCCCAGAUACCGUGGCCAGGCCUUCGAGCUCUAUGUGUGGGUCCCCGGGUGAUGGAAGCUUUGUCUCCUCUGAUGAAUACGGCUCCAGCCCUGGAGACAUGAGGUAUUUCCGAGUGAGAAGCAAUACCCCGGAUUCCCUGGGAAACACACCACCCAUCCGAGAAGAGCACUGUUUCAGUGAGUACAUGUCGAUGAAUAAACAGCGCGCAAAUGAAAGUGCCGGUGGUGAUCAUAUGGAAGCUGAGAAGUACUUUAAGAAAAGAACUUUCUCCCUGCCUAAGCCAGCAGCUUUAGUAACCAUGCAACAAAAAACCACGCAAACUACUCCUUUCGAUGAGGAUUCUGCUGGAAAUCCGAGACUGUUAUUUUCUUCUGAGUCGCCACGGCCAAGAGAGACUCCCAAACUGGAGUAUGGUGAGAAUGGGUCCAAUCGGAACCAAAGCAGAAACAAAGCUGAGGAUGAAGGCUACAUGCCUAUGAUGCCAGGAGUUGCUGCUGCUCUCAAAAGCAACAGCGAUUACUUGCCAAUGGCUCCUAAAAGUGCUUCUGCCUCAAAACACAACAGUUCCUGGUCAUCCUCUCAAAAGGACUCUCGAGGAUACAUGAUGAUGUUCCCAAGAGCUAGCGUGUCACCUGGCCGAAAUGCUCGCGGAGGAUUCGCUUCUAAGGGAGCAAGUAAUAAAGACGAUGAUAAUGAAUACAUGGACAUGUCCCCCCAGGAAUCCGAUAGCCCAAAGCACUCCCACGAGGCAAAUUCUCUUCACCCUCCCUCUUUCUCCAAGAGUCUAAGUUCGCUCUUCUCUCUGCCAAAAAGUUUCAGAACCAUAACCGAACAGAGUGACGACAGCGACUAUGUCCCGAUGGCAUCGCCUGGAAGACUCUUAAGCACCGUCUCUGAGAAUGUCCCAAGGGCUAACAACGAAGCCUUGCCACCUAAGGACAUUUCUAAAGCUCCAGCUUUAAAAGCUUCAGACGGGGGAUUCCCACAGAGGAAGGCUGCUCGACCUACCAAACUUCCCCUUGGCACAAGAGGAAGCAGUAUUAGUAUUCCAAGAAUAUAUGAGCGUGCCAUCGAAGGGGACAGCCCUGGUGAGUACAUCAACAUUGACUUCAGCAGAAAAGCAAGCAGUACACCAUAUUCGCUCUCUGCUGAAUGCUCCCCAUCUUCAUUCGGCUCAGGCGGUGACCACACACAGUCACCCUAUUCUGAUUACAUGAGUUUUGCUAUUGAUGUUAACUCACCAAAAGCUGCAAAGGAGCUAGCCAAUUCCUUAACAAUUUCAGGUUCCAAUGUCCCUCGAAACCAGCUAACUGUGGACUGUGCUAGACGACCACUUGGUGCUGCUGCCCGCAUUAGUACCCCAACUAAUGGGGAUGAUGAUUACACUGAAAUGUCUUUCAACCCAGCAGUAACAACUGUGCCUUUUACUGCCCAAAGCAACGAUCCUGUCAAAAUUGAUAGCCCUUCCUCUGCUGUAAAUCGACUUCGUAUUGCCGACACAUCUCCUGAGGGCAGCACUUUCUCCCUUCCUGAUUUCAGUCCUGAACCAUCGGUUGUACCGAGGAUGGUCAGAGCUGACCCACAAGGCAGAAGACGCCACAGUUCUGAAACUUUCUCUCCUGCAGGAGCCGUAGCCACACCUUCAUCUCUCUUUUCUGAUAGCAGAAGGCAGAGUUCUGCAUCCUUUGACAGCAUCUGGUUCAAAUCUGGUGAAGGUGCUUCUGAUUCUGAGGAGAUGAAGAUGUCCAGGGUCACUUCAGCUGGCUUUCAGAAUGGCCUAAACUACAUCGCCCUGAAUUUACGUGAUGCUGCUGCUACAAGUGAGGCCGGCGCAGCUGCUCCAAAUUCUCAGCAGGAGAAUGGUGCUUCAGCUUUGGACAGUGGCACUUACGUAAGCAUUGACUUCUCCAAAGAUGAUAUCUUCAAGUGUACUUCUGCGAAAAAAGACUGAUUACAUUGCCAUGGAAAUUGUUAUUAGAAGAAAGUGUUGGUUGUGGAAUUUCAGCUGGUAUCCUCAAGACCUGCUUUUGGAGAGGCCAGAGGUUUCUGAAUAGAAAGCAACUUUGAUUUCUUCGAGCACAGAAAUGGACACCAACGGUGUAAUGGCUUUGUUCACACACAAGUUGGCCAGCUGCCUUUGAUCUAGCUGUUUGGAAUUACCCAUGUUGACAACUGUGCUUUGGAUUAUUGUUGUUGUUGUUGUUUUCUUCAGCUUACCUCUUUAGGAGGAAACAAAUGUUUAAUGAAAGAUUCUGAGCCCCCUUCUCCUCUUGAAAAGGUUUUUUUCUUCUCAUACUAAGCUACACAAAGAUGGUGGCCCAUGGUGUGUUUAAUAAACGAGCUUGCUAUUCUAGUAGUAAUUCUCAUAGCCUGUAAAUUUUGCUCACUUUCCAUUCCAUUUUUGAAGUUGGAAAAACCUUUUGAAGGGGACAGAGAAAAGGGGAACACCGGUCUAUGAUCCAGGCUCUUUUUGCUCAGUGCUAUGAGAGGCAUUUCUUGAUCAUAGAUCUUGCAUUUAUGAAUUAAAUGUCAAACUAAACUGAUGUCUUGAUUGAGAAUUUCUAAUACUUAAAAAAUACAGCUGAAAGGCAGACUGAUUUGUUUUGGGUUUUUUGCUACUUGCUUAAUACUUAAACACAACAUUAAGAUGGGGGUUUCUGUGCAUUCAAUUGGACAUUUCCAAACAUUUUUUUUUCCAUUUUUGUUCAAUAAGCCCCCCCCCCACUUAGCAAGUAGUCUCAUUAUUACCAAGUUAUACCAUUCCCCUCCCCUACCCCAACCCCAAUUUUGGACCAAGUUUGCAUCCUGAAAAAAAAAUUAGACUUGAUCCUCAAUUUAUCAUUUGCCUUAAAAACAAACAAACAAACAAACAAACCUUCUCAAAGGUCAUUUCUCCAUUUGGAAAAUGAGCUUACAGAAAAUGUUAAGAAAUUAAAGUAAGCUUUGCUACUUUUGCUCUGAUUUGAGUUGGAGCUGAAUUUAAAAUUUUAAUGCUGACCUUUGAGAGUAUUUCAUUAAUUGGUGGUAAAUGCAAAGGAUUCUUACCCAGGUCCUAGAGACUGCUCGAGGGUUUGUAAGAUAGUGGUGGUACAAAUUCGUCUCAAUUUACUGCACCGCUACUGGCAGACCUCCUCAUUGUAUAUUGUGGAAGAGUGUGUGUGUGUGUGUGUGUGUGUGUGUGUGUGUGUGUGUGUGAGUGUGUGUGUAUGUGUGCUGUGUUAUACCAUGUGUGUUGUGUUGUGUGUUGUGUGUUAUGUAUCCUAUGUGUUGUGUGUGUGUUCAAACUGCUUCACCUCUAACAUACAACCUUUAUAAAACAAUGUAUGGUUUCUAUAACAACUUAGCCACUUGGUUUUGAUGUCAAAUAUAACAUGCAUUUUUAUUUUCCAGCAGUCUUAAAGUACAUGCUAACUCAAAAGCAAUUAUUUGAUGUCAAAUAGCAUAUACUUUUUUCGAGCAGUCUUAAAGUACAUGCUAAUUAAAAAACCAACCAUUUGACUCAAAUAACAAGUGCUUUUUCUGAGCGGUCUUAAAGUACAUGCUAACCAAAAAAAACAAAAAAAAAACAAAAAAACACAAAAAAACAAAAACAAAAAAACAAAAAAAAAACAAAAAAAAACAAAAAAAACCCCCACAGUCAUUUAAUGUCAAAUAACAUGUGCUUCUGUUUUCAAGCAGUCUUAAAGUACAUGCUAACCAACCCCCCCCCAGUCAUUUGAUGUCAAAUAACAUGCUUCUGCUUUUAGUCUUAAAGUACAUGCUAACUAAAAAAAACA